AUGAGUCGCCUGGCUCUUUCACCGCGCUUCCGCGUCUUGCCUCACUUCAUUGAAACAUUGAUCUUUGUGUAUUUCGCUGCCACCUCUUUGGCUGACUCACAGGGUCUUUUCCCAAAGCUGGAGAACGUGGGAGCCUUCAAGAAUGUUUCCAUUGUGCCAACCCAAGCGACAUGUGGACUCCCAGACCGAAGCACGUUUUGCCAUAGCUCUACCGCUGCCGCAAGUCUUCAGUUCUGUGCCCAGCGGAUUUGCAUUCAGGACUGUCCCUACAGAUCUUCGUCGCCGGGCCACACCGCCCUGUUCUCGGCAGGUCUUGGGAGUUGCAUUGCGGUAGACAAGCAUGAUCUGUGUCCCAAUGCUCAUAGCAACUCCACAAGUUUUAUUUUUGGAAAUCACAAGAAUUGCUUUUCUUCUCCUCCUUCUCUAAGGCUGGCAGCAUCAUUUACUCUAGCUGUGUGGCUGAAACCUGAGAAGGAAGGUGUAAUGUGUGUUAUAGAAAAGAUGGUGGAUGGGCAGAUUGUGUUCAAACUUACAAUAUCUGAGAAGGAGAGCAUGUUUUAUUAUCGCACAGUAAAUGGUUUGCAGCCUCCAAUAAAAGUAAUGACACUGGGGAGAAUUCUUGUGAAGAAAUGGAUUCAUCUUAGUGUGCAGGUGCAUCAGACAAAAAUCAGUUUCUUCAUCAAUGGUUUGGAGGAAGAUAAUACAGCAUUUGAUGCAAGAACUCUAAGUGGUUCAAUUAUGGAUUUUGCCUCUGGUACUACACAAAUAGGACAGAGUUUAAAUGGACUAGAGCAGUUUGUUGGAAGAAUGCAAGAUUUUCGAUUAUACCAAGUGGCACUUACAAACAGGGAGAUUCUGGAAGUUUAUUCUGGAAAUCUGUUGAGAUUGCAUACCCAGUCACAUUGUCGCUGCCCUGGCAGCCACCCUCGGGUCCAUCCUUCAGUUCAGCGAUACUGCAUCCCCAACGAUGAAGAGGACACAACCACGGAGAGGGUGUUACGGCUGAACCCUGAAGCCCAUCCUCUCUCUUUUGUCAAUGAUAAUGACAUCAGUACUUCGUGGGUUUCACAUGUAUUUCCAAGCAUUACCCAGCUUAAUCAAGGAGUGACCAUUUCAAUAGAUUUGGAAAAUGGACAGUAUCAGGUGUUUUAUAUUAUCAUUCGAUUCCUUAGUCCACAACCAACAGCGAUAAGGAUUCAAAGGAAGAAGGAGAACAGCCUGGACUGGGAGGAUUGGCAGUAUUUUGCUAGAAACUGCAGAGCUUUGGGAAUGAAAAAUAAUGGAGAUUUGGGGAAACCUGAUUCUGUCAACUGUCUUCAGUUUUCCACUUUGACUCCAUAUUCUCAUGGCAAUGUCACAUUUAGCAUCCUAACACCUGGACCAAAUCAUCGUCCUGGCUACAAUGACUUUUAUAAUACCCCAUCUCUUCAAGAGUUUGUAAAAGCCACACAAGUAAGACUUCAUUUUUAUGGACAGUACUAUACAACUGAGACUCCUGUCAGCCUCAGACACAGAUACUAUGCAGUCGACGAAAUCACCAUCACUGGGAGAUGUCAGUGCUACGGUCAUGCCGAUGUGUGUGACACCACAAGCCAGCCCUAUCGAUGCCUCUGCUCUCUGGAAAGCUUCACGCAAGGAGUUCAUUGUGAUCUCUGCCUGCCUCUUUAUAAUGACAAGCCUUUCCGCCAAGGUGAUCAAGUUCAUGCUUUCAACUGCAGACCUUGUCAGUGCAACAACCAUUCUAGAAGCUGCCACUACAACAUUUCCCUGGACCCGUUUCCAUCUGAGCACCACAGAGGAGGUGGAGGGGUCUGUGAUGAUUGUGAGCAUAACACCACAGGAAGGAACUGUGAGCUGUGUAAGGAUUACUUUUUCCGCCACGUUGGUGCAGAUACUUCCGCCAUGGAUGUUUGCAAACCCUGUGGUUGUGAUAAAGUGGGCACUAGAAACAGUGACCUCCUUUGUGAGAAGAUUGGAGGCCAGUGUAAUUGUAAGAGACAUGUAUCUGGCCGACAGUGCAGUCAGUGCCAGAAUGGAUUCUACAAUCUGCAAGAGUUGGACCCUGAUGGCUGCAGUCCCUGUGACUGUAAUUCCUCUGGGACAGUGGAUGGAGAUAUUACCUGUCACCAAACUUCAGGCCAGUGCAAGUGCAAAGCCAAUGUUAUUGGGCUUAGAUGCGAUCAUUGCAAUUUUGGAUUUAAGUUUCUCCGUAAUGUGAACGAUGAUGGAUGUGAACCCUGCCGGUGUAACCUGCACGGCUCAGUGCACAAGGUCUGCGAUCCUCUUUCUGGGCAGUGUGAGUGCAAGAAAGAAGCCACAGGACUUCAGUGUGACACCUGCAGAGAACACUUCUAUGGGCUGGACAUCACCAGUUGUAAGGCCUGUGACUGUGACGUGGCCGGAUCCCUCCCUGGGACUGUGUGUGAUGCCAAGACAGGCCAGUGCCUCUGUAAGCCCAGGGUUGGAGGGAGGCAGUGCAAUGAAUGUUUGGAGGGAUACUUCCACCUCCAGCAAAAUAAUUCUUUCCUCUGUCUGCCUUGUAACUGUGAUAAGACGGGGACAGUAAAUGGCUCUCUGCUGUGUGACAAAUCAACAGGACAAUGUCCUUGCAAAUUAGGAGUAACAGGUCUUCACUGUAAUCAGUGUGAGCCUCACAGGUACAAUUUGACCAGUGGCAAUUUUCAAGGCUGCCGGAUGUGUGAGUGUGACUCCUUGGGGACAUUGCCUGGGACCAUUUGUGACCCAAUCAGUGGCCAGUGCCUGUGUUUGCCUAAUCGUCAAGGAAGAAGGUGUAAUCAGUGUCAACCAGGUUUUUAUAUUUCUCCAGGCAAUGCCACUGGCUGCCUGCCAUGUUCCUGCCAUAUAACAGGUGCAGUUCAUCACAUCUGCAGUAGCCGAACUGGUCAGUGCAUUUGCCAGCACGCUUCUGUUGCUGGACAGAGUUGUGACCACUGUAGAGACCAUUACUUUGGAUUUGACCCUCAGACUGGAAGAUGUCAGCCUUGCAAUUGUCAUCUCUCAGGAUCCUUGAAUGAAACCUGUCACUUGGUCACGGGCCAGUGUUUCUGUAAGCGAUUUGUCACUGGCUCCAAGUGUGAUACGUGUGUUCCCAGCGCAAGCCAUUUGGAUGUAAACAAUCCGCUGGGCUGCAGCAAAACUCCAUCUCAGCAACCUCCACCCAGAGGACAAGUUCAAAGUUCUUCUGCUAUCAAUCUCUCCUGGAGUCCACCUGACUCUCCAAAUGCCCACUGGCUUACUUAUAGUUUAUUCAGGGAUAGUUCUGAAGUCUACACAACUGAAGAUCAAUACCCAUACAAAAUUCAAUACUUCUUAGACACUGACCUAUCACCAUACACUUCAUACUCCUAUUCCAUCGAGACCGCCAGUGUGCACGGCUCAACAAAGAGUGCACCUGUCACUUACAAGACGAAACCAGGGGUCCCAGAAGGACACUUGAACUUAAGUUAUAGCAUUCCUGUUGGCUCUCACUCCGUGACACUCACCUGGACUGCACCUUCCAAUCGCUCUGGUCCUAUAGAAAAGUAUAUUUUGUCCUGUGCUCCUUUGGAUGGCAUUCAGCCGUGUGUUCCUUAUGAAGGUCGUGAAACCUCCGCUACCAUCUGGAAUCUGCUUCCGUUCACCAAGUACCAUUUCUCUGUCCAGGCUUGUACUAGUGAGGGCUGUUUACACAGCUCACCCCUUCCUGUGAUCACAGCCCAGGCACCUCCCCGAGGGCUGAGUCCACCUAAGGUGCGGAAGAUCAGUUCUACUGAGCUCCACGUUGAAUGGGCUCCCCCAAUGGAACCAAAUGGAGUGAUAAUAAGAUAUGAACUAUACAUGAAAAGACUGAGAUCUGAUGGAGAGACCAUGUCAGCAGAAAGUCAAGUUUUUCAGAGCAGUGGCUGGCUCAGUCCUCCCUCGUUUGGAGAAUCAGCCAAUGAAAAUGCAUUAAAACCUCCUCAGACAGCCGCCACCGUCACUGCCUUGGAGCCAUACACCAUGUAUGAGUUUCGGGUCUUAGCCGUGAACAUGGCUGGCAGUGUGUCAUCUGCCUGGAUGUCAGAAAGAACGGGAGAAUCAGUGCCAGCGUUCAUGACCCCUCCUUCCGUCUCCCCACUGUCACCAUACUCCCUCAAUGUGUCCUGGGAGAAACCAGCAGACAACGUAACAAGAGGAGAAGUUAUGGGGUAUAAGAUCAACAUGAUUUCGGAAGAAUCACCUCAACAAUCUGUUCCGGCGGCAUUGUCACAGGUGUUGCACCCCGCUAAAUCCCAGGAACUGUCAUAUGUUGUAAAAGAACUCAAACCUUAUAAGAUAUACAACUUUACUAUUUCUCUCUGCAACUCAGUUGGUUGUGUGACCAGCGCUUCAGGAGCGGGACAGACAUUGGCAGCAGCACCAGCCCAGCUGAGACCUCCUGUUGUCGAAGGCAUCAACAGCACAACCAUCCAUGUCCGAUGGCUCGCCCCGGAAGAACUGAAUGGACCCCCUCCUACGUAUCGCCUAGAAAGGAGAGAGUCAGCUCUCCCAGCCCCAAUGGCCAUGAUGAUGAAAGGAAUUCGUUUCACAGGGAAUGGAUAUUAUAAAUUUCCCAGCUCCACACACCCAGUCAAUACAGACUUUACUGGCAUUAAGGCCAGCUUUCGAACAAGGGUGCCUGAAGGUUUGAUUGUCUUUGCUGCAUCACCUGGCAAUCAGGAAGAGUAUUUUGCACUUCAGUUGAAGAAUGGACGUCCUUAUUUUCUUUUUGAUCCUCAGGGUUCUUCAGUGGAAGUUACUACAACUAAUGAUGGUGGUAAACAAUAUAGUGAUGGUGAAUGGCAUGAAAUAAUUGCUAUUAGGCAUCAGACUUUUGGCCAAAUUACCCUCGAUGGGCAGUAUACAGGUUCCUCGGCCACCCCGAAUGGGAGCACCAUUAUUGGAGGGAACACGGGAGUGUUUGUGGGCGGGCUUCCACAGGAUUAUACCAUCCUCAGGAAGGAUUCUGACAUAAUCCAAAAAGGUUUUGUGGGCUGUGUCAAGGAUAUGUACUUUAUGAAGAAUUAUAAUCCCUUUGCUAUUUGGGAGCCUCUGGUUUGGCAGAGCGCUGAGGAGCAACGCAACGUGUAUAACCCCUGGGAGGGAUGCCCCACUUCGUUACAAGAGGGAGCCCAGUUCCUAGGAGCAGGGUUCCUGGAACUUCCAUCUCACACAUUUCAUGGUGGAAUGGAUUUUGAGAUUUCCUUGAAGUUCAGAACCGACCAAUUGAAUGGAUUGCUUCUUUUUGCUUAUAACAAAGAUGGGCCUGAUUUUCUUGCUAUGGAACUGAAGAGUGGAAUAUUGAGCUUCCGGUUAAAUACCAGUCUUACCUUGACACAAGUGGAUCUAUGGCUGGGGCUGUCCUAUUGUGAUGGAAAGUGGAAUAAAGUGAUUAUUAAAAAGAAAGGCUCCAUCUUAUCGGCAAGCAUGAAUGAACUGAGGGAGCAUGUGUCGCAGUCCGGAGCCCAGCCACUGAUGGUGAACUCCCCCGUCUAUGUGGGAGGGACCCCCCACGAGCUGCCGGACUCCUUUAAAUACCUGAGUUUGGAACAAGGUUUCGGUGGUUGCAUGAAGGAUGUUAAAUUUGCACGGGGUGCUGUCGUUAACUUGGCAUCUGUGUCCAGCAGUGCUGUCAGAGUCAAUCUGGAUGGAUGCCUAUCAAGUGACAGCGUUGUUAACUGCAGGGGAAAUGACUCCAUCCUGGUUUACCGGGGAAAAGAGCAGAGUGUUUACGAGAGUGCUCUCCAGCCCUUUACAGAAUACCUGUAUCGAGUGAUAGCCUCACACGAAGGAGGUUCGGUGUACAGUGAUUGGAGUCGGGGACGUACAACAGGAGCAGCGCCACAAAGUGUGCCAACUCCCUCAAGAGUCCGCAGCAUAAACGGAUAUAGCAUCGAGGUGACUUGGGACCAACCUUUUGUGGUUAGAGGUGUAAUCGAGAAGUACAUUCUGCGGGCCUACAGUGCAGACGGCCCCCGGUCACCCCGCACACCCUUGGCCAGUUCCGAGUUUGUUAAUACCAGCGCCCUCACAGGCAUAUUGACAGGCCUGCUACCCUUCAAAAACUAUGCAGUAACCCUAACUGCUUGCACUUUGGCUGGCUGUACGGAGAGCUCACAUGCAUUGAACGUCUCUACUCCACAAGAAGCCCCACAGGAAGUUCAGCCACCAGUAGCCAAAUCUCUUCCCAAUUCUCUGUUACUCUCUUGGAAUCCACCCAAAAAAGCAAAUGGUAUUAUAACUGAGUACUCUUUAUAUAUGGAUGGAAUGCUAAUCUAUUCGGGCAGUGGAGAGAACUAUACAGUCACAGAUUUAGCUGUAUUUACACCCCACCAGUUUCUACUUAGUGCCUGCACGCAUGUGGGGUGUACAAACAGUUCCCUGGUCAUACUGUACACAGCACAGCUGCCACCAGAACAUGUGGAUUCCCCACUUCUGACCGUCCUGGAUCCUAGAACAAUAUAUGUACAGUGGAAACAACCAAGAAAUGUAAAUGGAAUUCUGGAGCGCUAUAUAUUAUAUAUUUCAAAUCACACGCAUAAUUUUACAAUUUGGGAUGUCAUCUAUAACAGCACAGAACUUUUUCAGGAUCACCUGCUACAGUCCCUGUCCCCUGGUAAUAAAUAUCUCAUCAGGCUGGGAGCUUGUACGGGAGGCGGGUGCACAGUGAGUGAGGCCAGAGAGGCCCUGACUGAGGAGUGUGCACCCGAAGGCGUCCCGGCCCCCAAGGUGCACUCCUAUUCACCUCACUCCUUUAACAUCUCCUGGACUGAGCCUGAAUAUCCAAAUGGUGUUAUCACAAGCUAUGGACUCUAUCUAGAUGGAAUAUUAAUUCACAAUUCCUCAGAACUCAGCUGUCACGCUCAUGGAUUUGCUCCUUGGAGUUUACAUUCCUUCAGAGUCCAAGCAUGCACGGCCAAAGGUUGUGCUCUGGGCCCACUGGUGGAAAAUCGAACUCUAGAAGCUCCUCCUGACGGAACAGUAAAUGUGUUUGUCAAAACAGAAGGAUCCCGGAAAGCCCACGUGAAAUGGGAAGCACCUUUUCACCCUAAUGGACAUUUAACAUACUCAGUCAUUUUCACUGGGAUUUUCUAUGCAGAUCAAGCAGAUUGUAACUAUACUCUUCUGAAUGGCACACGAGUCAUGCACAGUGGUGAAGAGACAGACCUUUGGGUGCUCAUCGAAGGCUUGGUUCCUUUCUCUAACUACACUGUAGAAGUGAAUGUUUCAAAUAGCCAAGGCAGCUUGGGAAGUGAUCCUAUAACAGUUGCAAUGCCACCAGGCGCUCCAGAUGGCGUGUUGCCUCCGAGGCUUUCAUCUGCCACUCCAACCAGUCUUCAGGUUGUCUGGUCUACACCAGCUCGUAACAACGCUCCCGGCUCUCCCAGAUACCAACUCCAGAUGAGGCCUGGCCACUCCACUCACGGAUUUCUAGAGUUAUUUCCCAAUCCUUCUGCAUCGUUAAGCUAUGAAGUGAGAGAUCUCCAACCAUACACAGAAUAUGAGUUUCGCUUGGUUGCUUCCAAUGGAUUUGGCAGUGCACAUAGUUGCUGGAUUCUGUUCGUGACCACAGAGGACAAACCUGGACCCAUGGACCCUCCAAUUCUUCUGGACGUGAAGUCAAGAACGAUGUCGGUCAUCUGGCAACAUCCUUCAAAGCACAAUGGGGUCAUUACCCAUUAUAACAUUUACCAACAUGGCCAUCUCUACCUGAAAACUUCUGGAAAUGUCACUAAUUGCACGGUGAUCCAUUUACGCCCAUAUACUGCCUAUAAGUUUCAAGUGGAAGCCUGUACUUCAAAAGGGUGUUCCCUGUCACCAGAGUCCCAGACUGUCCGGACACUCCCGGAUGCACCAGAAGGUAUCCCAAGUCCGGAGCUGUUCUCUGACACCCCAACAUCAGUGAUUAUAUCUUGGCAACUCCCUACUCACCCCAACGGCUUGGUGGAGAACUUCACAAUUGACAGAAGAGUCCAAGGGGAGGAAGAAGUUACUACCCUGGUGACUCUCCCAAGAAGUCAAUCCAUGAGGUUUAUGGACAAGACUUCUGCUCUUAGCCCAUGGACAAAAUAUGAAUACAGGGUACUGAUGAGCACUCUUAAUGGAGGUACAAAUGGCAGCGAUUGGGUAGCAGUGACCACAAGACCCUCACGACCUGCUGGGGUACAGCCACCUGUGGUACAUGUGCUAGGACCCGAUUCAGUUGAGGUCACUUGGAAACCCCCACUCCUCCAAAAUGGAGACAUACUUAGCUAUGAGAUCCGCAUGCCCGACCCUCACAUCACAAUAACCAACGUGACUCCCUCAGUGUUAAGUCAAGUAAUUACUCCUCUGAUUCCCUUCACUAAUUAUUCUGUCACCAUUGUGGCUUGUUCAGGAGGCAACGGGUACCUAGGAGGGUGCACAGAGAGUUUACCCACCCAUGUUACCACCCACCCCACCCUCCCUCAGGGCGUUAACCCGUUAUUGGUGAUUCCACUAAGUGAAUCAUAUGUUGGGAUUUCAUGGCAGCCACCAUCCAGACCAAAUGGACCUGAUUUGAGAUAUGAGCUUCUGAGACGUAAAAUCCAGCAGCCACUUGCAUCAAAUCCCCCAGAAGAUUUAAAUCUGUGGCACAAUAUUUAUUCAGGAACUCAGUGGUUUUAUGAAGAUAAGGGUCUUAGCAGGUUUACAACGUACGAGUAUAAGGUCUUCGUACACAACAGUGUGGGUUUUACAUCAAGCCAACCGGCUACCGUGACGACAUUAGCUGGUCUUCCCAAGAGGGGCACCAACCUCACAGCAACUGUUCUUAACCACACGGCCAUUGACGUGACAUGGGCUAAACCAAGUUUUCAAGACCUGCAAGGUGAUGUUGAAUCUUACACACUUUUUUGGAGUUCUGCUACCUCAAAUGAAUCUCUAAAAAUCCUCCCAGAUGUAAACUCUCAUGUCAUCGGCCACUUAAAUCCAAACACAGAAUAUCGAAUUUUUAUCUCUGUCUUCAAUGGCGUCCACAGCAUCAGUGGUGAAGUAUUGUGUGCAACCACUUUCGAUGGGGAGCCUCAGGGCAUGCUUCCUCCAGAGGUUGUCAUCAUCAACGGUACAGCUGUACGUGUCAUCUGGACAUCUCCUUCAAACCCAAAUGGCGUUAUCACUGAAUAUUCUGUCUAUGUAAAUAAUAAGCUCUACAAGACCGGAAUGAAUGUGCCCGGCUCUUUCAUUCUAAGAGACCUGUCUCCCUUCACUAUCUAUGACGUUCAGGUUGAAGUCUGCACCAAAUAUGCCUGUGUGAAAAGCAAUGGCACCCAAAUCACCACUGUGGAAGAUACUCCAAGUGAUAUACCAACACCCACAAUUCAUGGCAUCACUUCAAGAUCCCUUCAAGUCGAUUGGAUGUCUCCAGGGAAGCCAAAUGGCAUCAUUCUCGGAUAUGAUCUCUUACGUAAAACAUGGCAUUCGUGCCGGAAAACCCAGAAGUUAAUGAAGGACCACAGUACUGAGUUCUGCAAGGCAGUGAAGUGUCAAAAACCUAAAACUAUCUGUGGACACAAGUGCUAUUCUCCUGAAGCUAAGGUUUGUUGUAAUGGAGUUCUCCAUGACCCCCAGCCUGGGCACCACUGUUGCGAAGAGAAGUAUAUCCCGUUCAUUUUGAAUUCAACUGGGGUUUGUUGUGGUGGCCGAAUACGAGAAGCUCAACCAAAUCACCACUGCUGCUCUGGGUAUUAUGUCAGAAUUCUACCAGGUGAAGUAUGUUGUCCAGAUGAACAGCACAAUCGGGUUUCCACUGGCAUCGGUGACUCCUGCUGUGGCCGAAUGCCUUACUCCACCUCAGGAAAUCAGAUUUGCUGUGCUGGGAAGCUUCAUGAUGGCCAUGGCCAGCAGUGCUGUGGCGGACAGAUUGUGAGCAAAGAUUUAGAAUGCUGUGGUGGAGAAGAAGACGGCAUGGUGUACCGUCGCCUUCCAGGGAGGUUCUGUUGUGGGCAGGAUUAUGUGAAUAUGGCAGAUACCAUAUGCUGCUCAGGUUCCAGGGGAGAGUCUAAAGCACAUGUUAAAAAGAAUGACCCGGUGCCAGUAAAAUGCUGUGAGACUGAACUUAUUCCAAAGAGCCAGAAAUGCUGUAAUGGAGUUGGAUAUAAUCCUUUGAAAUAUGUUUGCUCUGACAAGAUUUCAACUGGAAUGAUGAUGAAGUAUUCCAUGACAAUGUGUCUCUACAUGGAUAUGAUUACCAUCAUCAUCAUUAUUCACGGUGAUGGACUUUUUGUGGACUUUUUCAGUUGGACUCUCUAUUCCUUUAAUUUCACCGAAUCUCUUCUAAGCUUAUGUCCUUUUGUAACACUUUACCAUGUACGGCUGGAACAGCACACGCCUACUGCAGAUGUUCUAGAAUGUGACCUCUCCCCCAAGGGCUCCUCACUAUUGAAUUUCUCACUUUCAGACAUGAACCUGGAGCCUUACAAGACGUAUGAGUACAGAAUUUCUGCCUGGAAUAGCUAUGGGCGAGGAUUCAGCAAAGCUAUUAGAGCAAGGACCAAAGAAGAUGUGCCUGAAGGCGUGAGUCCCCCUACGUGGACCAAAAUGGAUAAUCGGGAAGAUGUCAUAGUCUUAAAUUGGAAGAAACCUAUACAAUCAAAUGGUCCUAUUAUUUACUACGUUCUUCUCCGAAAUGGAAUUGAAUGCUUUCAAGGAACGUCACUGAGCUUCUCUGAUACGAAGGGAAUUCAGCCAUUUCAGGAAUAUUCAUACCAGCUGAAAGCGUGCACGGUUGCUGGUUGUGCCGUCAGCAGCAAGGUAGUCGCAGCUACUGCCCAAGGGAUUCCGCAGAGUGUCCCGCCACCAAGAGUCACCGCGCCCAGUCCGGAGACUCUGCAUUUGAGCUGGAGUGUCCCUGAGAAACCAAAUGGUGUCAUUAAAGAGUACCAGCUCAGGCAGGCUGGGAAAGGUCUCAUCUACAGUGGCACCGCUGACAGGAGGCAGCAUACGGUCACAGGUCUCCAGCCAUACACCAACUACAGCUUCACACUUACAGCUUGUACACCUUCUGGAUGCACUUCAAGUGAGCCUUUUCUAGGUCAGACACUGCAGGCAGCCCCUGAAGGAGUUUGGAUGACACCGCGACACAUUAUCAUCAAUUCCACAACAGUGGAAUUGUAUUGGAGUCCUCCAGAAAAGCCCAAUGGCCUCAUUUCUCAAUAUCAAUUGAGUCGUAACGGAAGCUUGGUUUUCCUGGGUGGCAAAGAGGAGCAGAAAUUCACUGAUAAAAACCUGGAGCCCAACAGCAGAUACGUUUAUAAACUGGAAGUGGUAACUGGAGGUGGCAGCAGCCUGAGUGGUGAUUACAUCGUCCAAACACCUGCAGUCACACCAGAGGAAAUCCAGCCUCCGUGUAACAUCACAGUGAUUGGGCCUUAUUCCAUAUUUGUAGCUUGGACUCCACCAGGGAUCCUCAUCCACCAAAUGCCUGUGGAGUACAACGUCUUACUCAAUGCUGGAAGUGUAGCACCUCUGACCACCUCUGUGGGUCAUCAUCAAUCCAUCCUUCUGGAAAACUUGGCUCCAUUCACACGAUAUGAGAUAAGGAUACAAGCAUGUCAAAAUGGAAGUUGUGGAGUUAGCAGUGGGACGUUUGUCAAAACAUCUGAAGCAGCCCCGAUGGAGCUAAAUCCCCCGGUUCUUAAGGCACUGGGGUCAGCUUGCAUUGAGGUCAAGUGGAUGCCACCUAAAAAGCCAAAUGGAAUCAUCAUCAACUACUUUCUUCACAGACGCCUUGCUGGCAUCGAAGAGGAGUCCCUUUUGUUUGUCUGGUCAGAGGGAGCCCUGGAAUUCAUCGAUGCUUCCGAUACUCUGAUGCCUUUCACGUUCUAUGAGUAUCGGGUCAGAGCCCGCAACUCCAAAGGCUUAGUGGAGAGUCUGUGGUCAUCAGCACAGACUCUGGCAGCCCCACCUCAAGAUCUGCCAGCACCUUGGGCACAAGCCACCAGCGCUCAUUCAGUUCUGCUGAACUGGACAAAGCCGGGAUCUCCCAAUGGCAUUAUCUCCCAGUACCACGUACUCUACCAGGAGAGACCAGAUGACCCUACAUUUAACGUCUCUACUGUGCAUGCUUUCACCGUGAUGGGUACAAGCCAUCAAGCCCACCUGUUUGGGCUGGAACCAUUCACAACAUAUCACAUUGGAAUUGUGGCCACAAACCAGGCAGGAGAAGUUGCAAGCCCUUGGACCAUGGUUCAUACCCUAGAAUCUUCCCCCAGUGGACUGAGCAACUUCACAGUGGAGCAGCAGGAGAACGGCCGAGCAUUGCUGCUACAGUGGUCGGAGCCUGUGAGAAGCAAUGGUGUGAUUAAGACCUACAACGUGUUCAGUGAGGGGACCCUGGAGUACACUGGCUUGAAUCGUCAGUUUCUCUUCCGACGCCUGGACCCUUUCACUCUCUACACGCUGACUCUGGAGGCCUGCACGAGGGCUGGUUGCGCACACUCGGCGCCCCAGCCUCUGUGGACAGAUGAAGCCGCCCCCCACUCUCAGCUGGCCCCUACCAUCCAGUCUGUGGGGCCCACCAGCAUUGAGCUGAGCUGGGCAGAGCCUAUAUAUCCAAAUGGAAAGAUAAUUCGCUAUGAAGUGAUUCGCAGGUGCUUCGAGGGAAAAGCCUGGGGAAAUCAGACAAUCCAGGCAGAUGAGGAAAUUGUUUUCACGGAAUAUAAUACAGAAAGGAACACAUUUGUGUAUACUGACACUGGUUUGCAGCCGUGGGUGCAGUGUGAAUAUAAAAUCCACGCUUGGAAUUCUGCAGGCCACACCAGUAGCUCUUGGAGUGUCGUAAGGACAAUGCAGGCACCCCCAGAGGGGCUCUCUCCCCCAGAGAUAACCUAUGCAUCCACGAAUCCCCCAAAACUGCUGAUUUCCUGGCUCCCGCCAGAACAGCCUAAUGGUGUUAUCCAGUCGUACAAACUCCAAAGAAACGGAGCACUCUACCCUUUCAGCUUUGAUGCCCAGACUUUCAAUUAUACCGAUGAGGAGCUGCUUCCGUUUUCUACAUACAGCUAUGCGGUCAUCGCCUGUUCGAGUGGAGGCUGCUCCCCCAGCAAGCCCACCAGCAUCACAACCCUCCAGGCGGCUCCAGCUGGGGUCAGCCCUCCAGCUCUCUGGGCCAUCAGCGCUACCCAAAUAAAUGCAUCAUGGUCACCGCCAGCAAUUAAAAAUGGAAAGAUCACUCAAUAUUUGCUGAGACUGGAUGGGAAGGAGCACCCGGCUGGGCAGAGUCUGUCUCUGCUGGUUUCCCAGCUGCAGCCUCAUAGGCAGUACGAGUUCUCCCUGGUGGCCUGCACAAAAGGAGGCUGUACAGCUAGUGCAUCCAACUCUGCCUGGACAAUGGAGGCCCCACCAGAGAACAUAGACCCUCCAAAAUUGCAAGUCACAGGCUCAGAGUCAAUAGAGAUCACCUGGAAACCUCCCAGAAACCCAAAUGGCCAGAUCAGAAGUUACGAACUUAGACGAGAUGGAGCCAUCAUCUAUGCUGGCCUGGAAACUCGCUAUCAUGAUGUCACUCUCACCCCAGGGGUGGAGUAUGGCUACACAGUGGCCGCCAACAACAGCCAAGGUGGGGUGUUGAGCCCACUCGUCAAAGACAGAACCAGCCCCUCUGCGCCUUCAGGGUUAGAACCCCCAAAAUCAAAGGCCAAGGGCCCUCAAGAGAUUUUAGUGACGUGGGAUGCUCCAGUGAGGACAAAUGGUGAUAUCGUCAACUACACCCUCUUUAUCCGAGAGCUACUUGAUAAAGAAACAAAAACCAUACACAUAAACACAACUCAUAAUUCUUUUGACACACAGUCAUGCCUCGUUGACCAGCUGAAGCCAUUUCACAGGUAUGAGGUACGAAUUCAGGCUUGCACCGUGCAGGGAUGCGCAUCAAGUGACUGGACAUCCAUGCAGACCCCUGAGGUCGCACCUCAGAUGCAACCGCCUCCACAUCUCGAGGUCCGGAUGGCACCCGGGGGAUUCCAGCCCAUGGUUUCCCUUCUGUGGACAGGACCCCUUCAGCCAAAUGGAAAAGUUUUAUAUUAUGAGUUGUACAGAAGACAAAUAGCAACUCAGUCUAGAAAAUCGAAUCCAGUGCUAACCUAUAACGGAAGCGCAAGCUCUUUUACGGAUUUCGAACUAUCACCUUUCACAGAAUAUGAGUAUCAGGUCUGGGCAGUGAAUUCAGCAGGCAAGGCCCCCAGCAGCUGGACGGGGUGUAGAACUGGGCCUGCCCCCCCGGAAGGCCUCGGAGCCCCCAGGUUCCACACAGUCUCUUCCACCCAAGCAGUGGUCAACAUCAGCGCCCCUGGGAGGCCAAACGGAGUCGUCAGUCUCUACAGAUUGUUCUCCAGCACCAGCGGGGCAGAGACCGUGCUGUCUGAAGGCACGGCCACCCAGCAGACCCUUCACGGCCUGCAGCCUUUCACUACAUACUCCAUUGGGGUGGAGGCCUGCACUUGCUUCAAUUGUUGUAGCAAAGGGCCAACAGCAGAGCUGAGAACUCAUCCUGCUCCGCCCUCAGGACUGUCCUCUCCUCAAAUCCAGACACUGUCCUCAAGGGCAGCUUCCUUCCAGUGGAGUCGUCCUCUGUUCCCCAACGGUGUCAUUCAAAGCUAUGAGCUUCAACUCUAUGUGGCUUGCCCCCUGGAUUUAGUCCCUCCAUGCACAUCCAGCCACCCAGAGACAAAGUACGUGGGACUGGGGCAGACAGCCAGCCUUGGGGACCUCCAGCCUUACACCACAUACAAGCUGAGGGUGGUGGCCCACAACGAGGUGGGCAGCACGGCCUCUGAAUGGAUCAGCUUCGUCACCCAAACAGAACUCUUAGUCCCAAACUGGCCUCUCCACCUCCUCCCUCCUCUCGUCUUCCCUCUUCAGGGAGUGGGUUCAUCUCCUCCGAGGCUUCAGCUCCGCUACACAGGCGACUCCCAGAAGGCCACUUGCUCCCUGAGUCCUAGGUCUGAAAACCCAGUCCCCCGCACCCACACGCCCUUCCUCACCGUGGUCCAGAUGCAGCAGUGCCAGCCCCAGCUGGCACCCUGCCUGGGAAUCUGCUCCCCCCUUCAGGCCUCACGUUCGCCGCGUUCCUGCGGCCCCUUCUUUCUCCAGGUCAUCUGCACCACAACUGAAGGAAGUGUUAAGUCACCUUUGGUCCAAUAUGAUACCUCCACCGGAUCUGGCCUGGUUCUGACAACUCCCGGAAGAAAGAGAGGAUCGGGGAGGAAAAACACCGAAUUCUACAGCCAGUUAUGGUUCAUCGUGUUAAUGGCAAUGCUGGGCUUGAUCUUGUUGGCCAUUUUUCUGUCUCUGAUACUACAAAGAAAACUCCGCAAAGAACCCUAUAUCAGAGAGAGACCUCCCUUAGUACCUCUGCAGAAGAGAAUGUCUCCACUGAGUGUCUAUCCUCCGGGGGAAACCCAUGUGGGACUAGCUGACACCAAACUCCCCCGGGCUGGGACACCCCUCAGUAUCAGGAGCAACCGCAGCAUAUCCGUCCUUCAGAUCCCAAGUCAGAGCCAAAUAAGCCAAACCUAUUCCCAAGGCUCCCUCCACCGCAGUGUCAGCCAACUCAUGGACAUUCAGGACAAGAAAGUCUUGAUUGAUGACUCGCUGUGGGAAACCAUCAUGGGCCACGAUAGCGGACUGUAUGUGGAUGAAGAGGACCUGAUGAGUGCCAUCAAGGGUUUCAGUUCUGUGACUAAGGAACACACCGCAUUCACUGACACCCACCUGUGA